UUGGACCGGUUUUCAGUGAGGUGAUGCUCGCAACUUUGUGACCUCGGCAUACUAGUACGUCGUAGCUCCAAGCUGCCGGAUCCGACUAGAAAGCCAUGGGCGCGUGGAUGCCACAUUGUCUGUGUAGGAAAGCUUGACGCCACUCGCGGGACGUCUCGUCAUCCACACUUGUCGAGCCAGGCUACCAAAAGUCCCCUCGCCUCGUUACAUGCCAGUCGAGCGGCAGUGGAAUGAGCGGACGGGAAAGGCGUCGGCCGCGGCGGCUAACAGAGUGAGAUUGAUCUGUUCGCGUGGAGCGACGUUAGCACCGGGAGUUGGUUAGCAGUUAGUAGUUCUUGGUCUCUUCCACGGACCGCGUGCAUGAGUUAGACAUGGCAAAGCUGUAAUUCUCUCCUCAAGGAUCAGAACAACAAUGACAACUUGCCAGACAAAGACCGUAAGAGUGUUUUGCAAGCAGAGCAUGAGACACAGUGACAUGCUAAGCAUGAGCACGCAUCUUUGCGACAGAAUGUCGGGCGUGGGACGGGAUCAUCUGCCAUGUCUCGGCGUAUCUGCGGUCGUGGCUUCUGCGCUGCAUGCUUGUCGCUCGGUGUGAUACAUUGGGUUGAGGGCAUCUUGACGGGCAGAACAAGUCGAUACUGCCAGAGAGCAACGUUGAUGCUGAGAAGGACUGCAUGCAUACAUGCACGGAUCUGCGUGUCUUCUUCGCCUCUCUGCAAAUUACGUACUGUUGACGUGGAUCGGCAGGCACUGAUUGCUCAUCUCCUACGGGGUGCAAAUCGCGGCUGCUCAGCAAAUAAAGGUUCUUGUAAAGCACCGAGGCCAUGUGUGUCUGCGACAUGUUCCUCGCAUGCGUCUGUGUGUGAGCUGUGGAUUUGUGAGUUGGUCAAUGUUGUUCUUUGACGUCACCAGGUUUCAAGCUGGCUGACGUGUGGUGGAACGGGAGCUGUCUGAGCCAAGCUUUCCGGGCUGCCCCUUGGCAUUGGAGGUUAAAUUCGACUCUGCAUGACGAUGCGGAGGGCGUGCGGGUAAUACGUACUGCUAAAGGCCAUCAUGAGUUGCUGAUCAGGGCCAAAGCUUCGCGACCCUGGCCGUCUACAAAUGGUGAUGUCGCGUGUCAGUCAGCACGACCAAGAUACUUUGUACCCUUUGACGCGUGCAGCUCUUUGAUGUUGUGGGUUGUUUGUAUGGCGGCAAGCCCAAGAUACUGUUAGGCUGGUGUGUAAAUCCUGGGACCGUGUCUCGGUAAUUUGACGCAGCAUCCAAGAGCCUUGGGGCUACCAAACGCGUGAAGCAUCUACCCAUUGCAAUUUCAAAUGCCAUCGUGUGUGCAUUACUGGAUGGACUUCAGGUGUUGUUGGCUUCGGCCUGUUCGAUGCGGAUGUCUUUGCAUUUUCACGCUGCGGCGCUGAAGACGGCCUGGCAGGACUUUUGCUGCAGUUAGUAAGCCCUGCAUGCCAGAGGUCCACACAUGCUGUCAAAGGAUGAGGCAGUGACGACAACUGACUUUCGUCGAAGCCCGACGGUGACGCCGGGUAGGCAACAGGCGGUGAUGCCGUUGUUGGCCGCGAUAGAACGCGAUUCUGCUGGCACCUGGAACAAGUGAUCGACAUGCUUCGUCGUUUCAUCUGUAGUCUUCAAAAUUGGGCGGGCAUGUGGGGGAUGAACAUGGUGAUGAUGACGAUCAUAGCCAUGAACAGCAACGUGUAAGUGGAAAUGCAUUGUGUUAGCUUCCUGAGAAAGGGCCGCUACGCAAGAUUCAUAUCAAGUGAAGUGUACUUGUAGCAGCACAUGAACGUAUGCGCUCGGACCUAGAGCUACGCAAUGUCGUGUGAACACGCAGCUGCUACUGGUUCCACGACCAACGUGUGCAUUUAGAAGACCGAAUCGUUGGAUUUGUAGAGCGUUGGUAUGGAGUAGAGCGUUUGCAAGCGGCGGGACGUUGCUGCAAAGCGCACCUACUUCGCAUCAGCCACCUGCUAAUAAUGCCACAACAACUUGCGUGUGAAUGAUAUGGACUUUGUUCUCUGUCAAGUUACCAUCUAGAGAGGGCGGCCUCAAGGCCCUCAACACGCUAGGCUCCCAGCUGCAGUGAUGUCCCCUCCUGGAGGUAGGGUCAAAUCACGUCUGCCGGCGCCAGUCCUAGGUGAGGGCAGCUAAUCCCGAACUGCUUAGACUGAUGCGCGAUGAGAUUGAGCCACUCUUUUUUGACGUCUUGGCAAGCCAGCCCAUGCUCUGGGCACAGUAAUUAAAGAGCGGUUGUAAGACUAGCAGGAGUCCUGAUGCGACGAGAUGGCUGAAUCACACGCCCGAAGAGCAAUGCCGCGUCAGCAACAAUAUGGGUGCGUGCCCGCUGGGUCCUGGGAGCCUGGCAGCGUACAAGUAUCCGAUUCGCCACGCUUGAUGAAUUGAAGCCGUUGCAGAGGCCUGACGACGGUUCGAGGGGCCAUGGGGCAUGUGGUGGGUUGCUCCGAAUUAGAUUGUAAUGAAUACAUAUCCUUUUGUACAUAGCGUGGCUCUCAUGGAGAAGAAAGAACCGAC